CAGUACAGCCGGGAGGUUUGCAGGGGGAGGGGAGGCAGCUUUGCUAAGCUCCGUGCUGCUGUUGGGGGCGGAUUCAGCCUGCUGCCCGGCUGUGAGUCCCUUUGCCUCUACCUCCCGCUUGCCGAGCCCCUUGUUUCCCUUCCUGCCCAUCCUUCCCAUCCCCCGACACAUGGAACUGCUUUGCAGGCAGGAGGUGAUCCGGGCUAAGCGGGACCCGCACUUAUUAGGUAACCGGCGCGUACUGCAGAAUCUGCUACGCCAAGAAGAGCGCUACAGCCCCAACGUCUCUUACUUCCAGUGCGUGCAGAAAGAGAUCCAGCCCUACAUGCGGAAGAUUUUGGCUUUCUGGAUGCUGGAGGUUUGUGAGGAACAGAAGUGCGAAGAGGAAGUUUUCCCCUUGGCUAUGAAUUAUGUGGAUCGCUACCUGUCUUGUGUCCCCACUCGCAAAACCCACUUGCAGCUUUUGGGUGCUGUCUGCAUGCUUGUGGCCUCCAAGUUGCGAGACACCAUGCCACUGACUGUGAAGAAAGUAUGCAUUUAUACAGACAAUUCUAUCACACCAUGCCAAGUUUUGGACUGGGAGGUUUUAGUCCUAGAGAAGCUAAAAUGGGACCUGUUGUCGGUGAUAGCAAAUGACUUCCUGGAUGAUAUUCUCCAGCGGCUUCCGCUUCCCCAGAAUAAAGUGGACUUGGUGAAGAAACAUGCACAGACUUUCAUUGCAUUGUGUUCUACAGAUUACACCUUUGCUAUGUAUCCGCCAUCUAUGGUUGCCACGGGUAGUAUCGGGGCAGCAAUCCACGGUCUCUCUGCCUCAUCUGAUUGUAUUUCUGGCGAGGAGCUUACAGAAUUGCUUGCUAGAAUUACUGGCACGGAGGUGGACUGCCUGAAAGCUUGUCAGGAGCAGAUUGAGGCUGCUUUGGCAGAGAACUUGAAACAGCCCUCCCAGCAUCAACAGGAAUACAACCCUGACAAAAAUUCAGUUUAUCAAGACAGCCAGGACGUAAUCUUGACCAACACUCCUACAGAUGUCACAGACAUCAACCUGUGAUCAACCCCUCCCAGCAAGUAGAACUUCACAAAAGAGGCUUGAAACAUUUUGCACAUGAUCAAGGAAGAAUAUGGGGAAAUCAGCACGUAUUCCUGAAUAAAAGUGGCAUUGGAGGGGCUUGGGUGAAUGAGUGGGUCUGAAAAGGGAAUUUGUCAUCUUGUAUUUAGGACUGUUUGGGUCUCGUUACUGACUUUCCUAGGCUCAGGGGUGCUUUCUGUGAUGUUUGAGCUGUAUUUAAGCUUCGAAAGGGUGAGUGAGCUUCAUAUUGAUUCCAAAAGUUCAUCCAUUGGGUUUGCUUUGUUGGUGGAGUGCUGCUGAUUACUGCCAUCUUGUCCCAGUCAUUGCUGUGUGCCUAUUUCAUGUAUAUCAGUAAAGAAAAUGCACUUUGUUCUUUAGAACAUAUUUGCCUUCCUUGAGGAAGUUCAAUAUUCACUCCACACUUCCUUCCUCAUACUGCCAUACAUGGUUACUGUCAGGGACCAAACUACCCAGGGUGGUGCUGGAUUCCUUUGCCUGCUUUAUUCAGUGCCACAAAAGUCUCCGUUCUCCUUUGAAGGUUAAUUGUAGCACAACAAGCCCUCCAACUGCUGUUUUCAGGGAAAAUGAGACAUUUGGGGCUUUUUUGUUUUUCUGUAGGUGCUUAUACAAUGCUGGCAGCCACAUGAAAGCUUGCAGAUAUAAAUUUCCUCUGUACUGAGGCCUAAGGUGACUAACUCCUACCUUUUGCACCCAGUUACAAGAUGCAUGAAUUAUUUAUUGGGAAAGACAUGAACCGAAUCAUGAACCAAAACCGCUUAAUGAGGGAUAGGUGCUCAGUAAAGCAUGUUGUCCAUCGUUUCUUGUAUCUAAUAUUGCCUUUUUAUCUUUCAUAAAUUCUGCCUCUAAGAAAAUUACUUUGGGUUGCUUAUUUGGGAAUGAUUAGUCAAUGCCAGGAACUCUCACAUUCAGAGUAUAUCCAACAAGUGCUGCUAUAUGUGUAUAUAAAAAUCUCAUUGACUUCUCUCCCUCUCUCACAUACUCUGACAGGGAAGUUAUAUGCUAAUGGAUGGAUGCAUGAUGGGAGCAGAAAAGCAAAAUGAGUAACUUACCUGCUGUUACAAGGGGGGAGUCUUUCACUUAAAAGUUUACAAUGUCAUGGGCUAUAGAUUGCACUGCAGUUAAGAGUUAUAUUGUUGAGGGGGGGAAGCAUUUUUUUAAAAUGCUGCUUUUACAACAGAUAACUUUGGGUAACUAUUUUAUGAGCUUCAAAUGAGCCCGUUUACGGGAAAAGGCAGAAUAUAAGCCUACUAAAUAAAAAUAAAUAAAAUAUAGAGAUGGGAGUAAAUAUUGCCUUUUGUAUUCUGGUGGUGUUCCACUCCAGCCUCCCGAUAGGAGAAGACACAUACAUUGAUGCUACUUAAGACACCACUGGAGACUGCUGCAUUUGUCAAGGAGAGCUUUUUCCAUUGUGCUUAAGCCUGAAUUGCCACAAUUAAAGUGCCAUCAGCACUUAUGAUGAAUAGAAGGUCUGUCUGCACUUCAUAGAAGUUUAGUGAGGAGGAGGGAAAUGUGUGUUAUGGACACAGGUAUAUCUAUAUUAGAGCUUUAAAUAAAGUGAGGCAAUAAGGUAUUCACUGUAACUUGAAUAGCUGUUUUGGGGAUCUUCUAUAAAGUACAUUGUAUGACAUUGCAAUAAAAGAAUGGUAAAAGAACU